AUGAAAACCAGCAGAGGAGCUCAACCUGAAGAGAGUCCAUCCAUCAACUCAUUGCUCUUCAACAAGAUUGACGAGAGACAGAGAUUAGCGCGUGAGCGCCGGGGGGAGCGUGAGAAACAGAAUGCUGUCAAGGAGGCCCAGUGGCAGGCGCGUGAAGAGCGUGCUAGGCAGCACUAUGAGAAGCAAUUGGAGGAGAGGAAGAGAAGGCUGGAGGAGCAGAGGAUAAAGGAGGACAAGAGACGGGCUGCCGUGGAGGAGAAACGACGGCAGAAACUGGAGGAAGACAAGGCUCGUCAUGAGGCGGUGAUACGUCGGACAUUGGAGAGGAGCCAGAGAACCAGGCAGAAGCCCAACCGAUGGUCUUGGGGAGGGGCACUGCACACAAACACUCCCAGCACACCAGCCGGUUUUGUCGAGUCGGCUUUCCUCUAUCCACUCGACCUUGCUGGACUGGAGCACAUGCAGAGUGCUUUCAGUCUCUACCGCAGAUACGGAAUGACCUCCCAAUAUGCUGACAGGCGGUCAGUGUCCACGAUGAAUUUAUCCAAACACACAGACCCUGUUAUUACCAAGCGUCUCUCCUCUUCCUCUGCCACACUCCUACACUCACCAGAUCGAGGCUUACAGAUGAGAACAGCCUCCUCUCCUGUCAUUAGCAAAGCUCAGUCCAAACCCCGACUACACCAGGGAAAGACCACCCAGCACAAAAACACAGGCCUGCGCCGUCUUCCAUUGACGCCAUGGGAGAGCAACGUGGUGAACCGUCUGCAGCAGCCAACACACUCCUACUUGGCUCGUAGCCGCAGUGCCAUGAGUCUGUCUGGAGAGCAAACAGGUAAUGUACACACAUCCCAUAUGAGAGACCCCUCCUGGCUCUUACGGUCAGUAGCCAGUGAAAUGGAUGAGUUUUUGCAAGUGCGCACAAAACAGGGAAUCACAACUCAUGUGUUUGUGCUGCUUAUAUAUUUGGUCUCUUGACUAGAACCGUUUUGGAUGUUAAUCAGAUUUGGCCAGACUUAAAGCAUUACAUCGUCUGAAACUUCCUUCACCAGCCUGUAUCAGGCACUCAAAGCUCACGCACGCACACACACACGCACACA